AUGCAGGACAGCCACAAGUCCUUCCUGAUCAAAGACUUGCUGGGCGACGUGCUGCGGCCCGGCGCUGCGCAGCUGAUUGGAGCGGUUCACAGCGAGGAAGAUCAAACGAGGUGCAAUUCUACGGCGACGAGCCAAAACCUUGAAACUUCUGAUGCAGAGGACGACAUUUCUGUUGGGGACAAUUGUAGCGACACAUCCACCCCGCAGAAGGAGACUCUAGCAUUCGAAACAAAUCCAGAUGCUUACCAGAAACGGGGAGAGUUGGAGGAGAACGAAUGUUCAUCUCCUAUCGAAUAUAAUAUAAACAAUAGAAUACAGAACUCAAAUUACAAUUCGCCGUUUAAAGAAGACGACAAUGAGUUUGAGAAUCGAACAGAAGAUCGGAUGAAAUAUUACGACAAUGGUCUCUUUCACCUGUACAGAGGAGAUAGAGACAGUAAUAAGGAAGCAGCAAAUGAAAGUGGUUCUGCGUUCGGGCGCAUGGGUGGAUCGCUGUCUGACACAAUCUACAAUCGCUCUAUGGAUCUGUCGAAGAACUCCUUUCAGUCGCAACUAUUGGCUGGGUUUGCUGCGUCAGUGAUUGCUGGUAACUCGCAAAGAGAGUCACAAGAAUCCACUGACCGACAAGCUCCCACCCGCCCUUCAGCCCCAAACACAGGGCGCAAGCCGCGGCGCCGGCGCACAGCGUUCACUCACGCGCAGCUGGCCUACCUCGAGCGCAAGUUCCGCUGCCAGAAGUACCUGAGCGUCGCUGAUCGCGGGGACGUGGCUGACGCGCUCAGCCUCAGCGAGACGCAAGUCAAGACUUGGUACCAGAAUAGGAGGACUAAAUGGAAGCGCCAGAACCAGCUGCGCCUAGAACAGUUGCGCGCGCAAGCCGCGUCAGGCGAGCGCGAGCUGUCGGCGCACGCGCUGCCGCUCGCCUGCGCGCUGCUGCCGCCCUACCCCGCCUACAUGCACUGCCAUCUGUGA